AUUUUUCUUCAGUCACCGACUCUCGACGAAGAAGAUGGCUUCCACAACCAGCAAAUCGGAUUCGAAGGAAGAAGUGAAACAAACCCUAAACUCCAAAAACCCUAAAAAUGUCUACCAAAUCGGAGGCCUUCAAGUUGAAUUCCCUUAUCAACCGUACGGAACCCAGCUUGCGUUCAUGAGCCGGGUCAUAUCUACGCUUGAUCGUGCCCAGAGAGACGGUCACUGUCACGCUUUGCUCGAGUCUCCCACUGGUACCGGCAAAUCUCUAUCAUUGCUCUGCUCAGUUCUCGCUUGGCAACAGAACUAUAAAUCUCGGCUUCUAAAAGGGAAUUUAUCUCAUUCGAAAGCUGCCCCUGAAGCAGCCACCGAUCCAUUGAAUCACGGAGGUGGAUUCAUACCAGAAACGCAACCCUCAGAUACUCCUGCUUCUACAAAUGUGGAGAAAGCUGAAACUGCAACUAAGAAGAGAACCAAAAUUCCUACCAUAUACUAUGCUUCACGAACUCAUUCUCAGAUUACUCAAGUGAUUCGUGAGUAUAGGAAAACUGGUUACAGAGUGCCCAUGGCUGUAUUGGCUUCAAGAAAACAUUACUGCACUAAUCGUCAUGUACUUGGGAAAGACAAUGUAGAUGAUGAAUGUCGGUUACUCCUAAAAGAUAAGGCAAACAUACAAUGUUCUGAAUUCAAGAACGUCAAUAAAAUCACAUCUCAUCCAUCGCUUCAGCCCAGAGGUCACAAUGAGGUUCAUGAUAUUGAAGAUCUUGUAAAAGUUGGAAAAAAUGUUAGAGGCUGCCCGUAUUUUGCUUCCUGGUCAAUGGCGGAGAACGCACAAUUGGUUUUUUGCCCUUAUUCCUAUAUAGUUAAUCCUGUCAUUCGAGCAGGAGUUGAAGUAGAUCUGAAAGGAGCGAUUAUAAUUUUUGAUGAAGCACAGCCGUCUACUAAAUCUUACACUGUCCACAGCAAUAUGGAAGACAUUGCUCGUGAAGCAGGUAGCAUUAAUUUGGAAGAAGACACUCUUUUCAAAUUACAGAAUGAACUAGAACAGAUGAGCUUGGCGCAGCCAAUGAUUUAUCAACCCUUGUGUGAAGUAGUAGAGGGACUGAUAAGCUGGAUUGGAAGAAAAAAGGACUCAUUAGCAAAACGUGAUUUUCAGCAUUAUUUCUCUAGCUGGACUGGAGACAAAGCUUUAAGAGAGCUUGAGGAAUCUAAUAUCACUCGUGAAUGCUUCCCAAUCUUAUUGGAAUGCUUUACAAAGGCUAUCAGAACAUCAAAGGAGGCAGAAAUGGAAUCAGAUAUGCUUUAUUUGAGCGGGAUAUCUGUCUUGACACUAGAAGAGUUGUUCUCUUCACUUACAUACUUCUUUUCAAGAAAUGGAAGUCACAUCUUAGAUUACCAACUGGGUUUACAACGCUCUACUAAAAGAGGAGAUCCUUCUGGUACCUGGACGCAUACUUUCAGUUUGUGGUGCAUGAAUCCUGCUGUUGUUUUCAAAGACUUAGCUGACAUAUCUUUAUCCAUCAUUUUAACAUCUGGGACUUUGUCACCAAUGAAUUCUUUCUCAUCUGAACUUGGGAUGCAAUUUGGCACUUCUUUAGAGGCUCCACAUGUUAUUGAUCCUAAUAUGCAGGUGUGGGCUGGCGCAAUCUCCAAUGGUCCUAGUAAUUAUCCUCUAAAUGCAAGUUAUAAAACAGCUGAUACAUAUUCAUUCCAGGAUGCUCUUGGGAAAUCAUUGGAAGAAAUCUGCACUAUUGUACCAGGAGGCUCUCUGAUAUUCUUUCCAAGCUAUAAGUUGAUGGAAAAACUCUGCACGCGUUGGCGUGAAACUGGGCAGUGGUCUCGGCUCUGCUUGAAAAAGGACCUUUUUGUUGAACCAAGAGGAGGCGCCCAGGACGAAUUCGAUUCUGUUCUGAAGGGAUAUUAUGAUUCUAUACGCGGGAAGAAUAAAUUAAUUGGAAGAAAUAGAAGAGCUAAGAAAGCAGGGCCUAUUAAAACUGAGACUCAAGAUGAUUCCAAGAAGGGAGCUGCAUUUCUUGCAGUAUGUAGAGGAAAGGUUUCAGAAGGGAUUGACUUUGCUGAUGACAACGCCAGGGCAGUGAUAAUUGUUGGCAUUCCAUUUCCAAACUUACAUGAUAUUCAAGUCGGACUGAAGAAAAAAUAUAAUGAUACCUACAAGUCAUCUAAAAGUCUUCUUGGAGGGAGUGAAUGGUAUUGCCAACAGGCCUAUCGUGCUCUAAAUCAAGCUGCAGGACGAUGUAUCCGGCAUAGGUUUGAUUAUGGUGCCAUCAUAUUCUUAGAUGAGCGAUACAAAGAACAAAGGAACAGAGCGUCUAUUUCAAAGUGGCUAAGGCAGUCUAUCAAAGUGUAUGAUAAUUUUGAAGCAUCUAUGGAAGGGUUGAGAUAUUUUUUCAACAGUGUCAAGGAGCAAGUUGACAGUAAGAUGUUAGGGUCCCAGGACGAUACUGUUGAGAAGAACUUUUCCUCGGAAAACCAAAGCAAAGAAUACAGAAGGAAGGAAAAUCAGAUUCAGAACAAAUCUAGUCAAGUGGAACCAAAAGUGGAGGACGUGGAGGACUACACAAAUUCGAAUCCAAAAUAUCCUUAUAUGUAUGAAAGCAAAGCCUUUGGGGAUCACAGAGAUGUGAAACCAAAAAUAGCUGAAGAUUUGAGAUACAUGGGGCAUUCGACGCAGACAUUUGUUCAAGUUAAAGAGGAAGCUGAAUGCUGUAGAGAAGUUAUUGACCUUGAGUGUGGUGUCCAACCUGAGCCUGGGUAUUGUGAGGUAUCAUCGGUGACCAACUGUGAUGAAGAUCCAGAAACAUCUUUUGUCAAGGAAAGCUCUGGAAUGAUCAAUGGUAUUUCAGUUGCCAGUCCAUGUUCUUGCUCGGUGAAUGAAUGCUCUAGUCCAACAACAAUAGGUCGGAGAUCUCCGAGGUCUCCUGAUCAAUUAUUAAAGCAGCAUAUAUCUACUCCAAAUUUCAGAAAAUCUCCUCUUGGAGCUGAGUCGUCCGUAGUAGCAACUUCUGAGAGAUAUUCCUUUGGUGACACCCGUAGUUUGACUCUAGAAGCAGAGUCAUCUUUCAACAUGAGCGUUAAUUCUCAAGCUUUGAAGCGAAGAAAGUUUACCAGCUCUCCUGUCAUUGACCUUGAAGACGAAAACAGCGAUGCUCCUAGUACUAGACCCUCGGAUCACACGACUUUAACAAGAAAAAUUGAGUUUGGGUUUGGGAUUACGGAACCAAGAUCCCAAAACUUCAACAUAUAUUCUUUUCCAGAAGUGAAUCAGAAAGUGCAGCUAUCUUGUUCGCUCUGCAGAAGUCCAUUAGGUCUACCUGAGAAUCACUCAUAUCUCAAUUGCUUGUUGACUUCGUCUUCCAAAAAGUAUUUGCUGUCUCUUCUGAAAAAAACGUCAAGAACUGGAGCUGCAGAAAUGCCAACAAGUGUUUCAAUUAUCAUGACAGAUUGCUCAAUGGUUAAUCAGAGACUCUGCAGAAAAUUUGAAGGCUCAAAAGGUCAGGGUAUUUGGUGCGAGCAAGAUGGAUGUGUUUUCAAUACUAUCUCUUGCCCUUUCUGCAGUAUCCCAAACACAUGUCUCGGAGUGCAAGUCAUGGCUACUGAUUCAUCAAAUGUCCAGUUUUUGAGCAAAAUUUUGUUCUUUGCUGAUCAUCUAGAAGUCACCAAUGAAGCUGCAAGCAAGGAUUCAACGUUAAAGCACAAGGAACCACUUGCUGAGACUAAUGCAGCUGUGGACAAGAGUGAUGUGUUAAAGUCAAUAGAAAGAUUUGCAUACUCCCCAAAUCAGCAGCAAGAUUCAGGAGGCUGGAGGACUACAAAAUCAAAGUUGAGACUACCAAAACGCAAUUUUCCAACGAGCAAGAAAACCUAGAGAAAUGAUGCAUCAACAAGAUGAAGCGGUCUGAUUCAUAAUGAGGAAUAAGUCAAGACAGCCAAACCAGCACCAAGUUGUCAUAAACCAAUGUGAACCAAAGAACUUUGCUCAUGUGGCCGAAGAAAGAUUGGUUUUUGCC